AUGCUGGCACGCGAGCGAGCGCGACGAGCGGAAGCUUCCAGGAAACGAGAAGAAGCAGAGGCGCGGCGGGAAGAGGCAGAGCGGUCCUUGAGGGAGUUUCAGCGGCAGGUGGGAGUUUCGGAGCUGGCUUUGCAGGUUAAGGCGGAAAACCAGUGGGAGGAUCAGCUUUUGAGGGAGAUUUGCUCGGUGGAGAGAGAUGUGGAGGAGUUGAGGGGAGUGGUGAAGGAGAAAGACGGGGAACUGGAGAAGCUGAGGGCUGAAGUUUCGCGGAAAGUGGAGCUUCUGAAGCGCGUGCAUGGGCGUGCGAUGAAGAUGAGAGCGGACGCGAAGGGGACGAUCCGACGGCUGAGAUUGGAGCUGCAGACGGCGCGGGGGUUGCUGGAGAGGAGGGAGGAGAGAGUGAGGGAGAAGGGGAGGGCGCUGAGGGGAGAGAUUAGUGUUCUGGUGAAGGAACUUGAGGAGUUGAGGGGGGGGAAUGAGGCUGUGGUGGGUGUGUUAGAGGAGGCGAGGAGGGAGGUUGUGGAGGAGAGGAGGGAGAUUGAGAAGGGGAGGAGGGAAGAGGAGGAGGUUGUGAAGGAGGUGCAGAAGCGGGAGGAAGGGAAGGUGAAGGAGGAGGAGGGGGAGGAAGCGGAGAAGGAGAUGGCGGAGGGUGAGAGGAGAAAGGAGGGAGUGGAAGGAGAGGAGGCAUCCGCUAUUAGGGAGAGAGAGGAAGGUAGUGAGGAAGGAGGUGCGGCUAAUGGCACUAGUGGUUUGAGCAACCUGCUGCUAGUGCAGGAGGCUGUGAGGAGGCGGGAGGAGGAGUUGCAGCGAGAGGCGGAGCAGGUGAGGGAGUGGCUGCACGCGGAGAGGCAGCAGCGCGCGCUCCUGGAGCACCAGCUGGCGGCACUGGAAGAGCAGAUAGAGGGGUUGAAAGAGGCGCGGAGUGGUACUGAGGCGAUGCAUGAAAAGCAGCUGGCGGAAUUGGAAGAGCAGAUCGAGGGGUUGAAAGCGGCGCGGAAGGGUGCGGUUGAGCAGAUGGAGAGGGAGAGGCGAGAGUGGGUGGAGGAGAGGGAGAGGGAACGGGUGGGGAGAGAGGAGGAGAGAGUGCGGGUGGAGAGGGAGAUGAGGGAGAGGGUGGAAAAGGAGGAGGGGAGGAGGAGGGAGGUGGAGGUUGAAGUGAGAGGGUUGAAGGAGAGGCUUGGAUUGAGGAGGAGAGGAGGGGUGGAGGAGGGGAGGGUGAGAGAGGGGGAGGAGUGGAAGAGAGCUAAGGAGGAGGUACAGAAGGAGGUGGAGGAGGAGAGGUGGAAAAGAGGGGAUGCGGAGGAGGAGGUAGAGAGGCUGAAGCAGCGUGAGGUGGCUCUGUUGACUGCGUUGACUCAGGAGACUGGGAAGGUGGGGGUGCUGGAAGCCGCUUUGGCGGAGCGAGAGGAGAGGAUAUCCUCGAUAAAAGAAGAGAUCCGCUACAAGGAGUUACGUGCUUGUGAGUUGGAAGCGAGGGUCAGAGAGCUCGAGGGGAGGAUUGAGGAAGGUAGGGUUGAGUUUGAGAAGGAAAGGAGGAGGAUGGAAGCAGAGAGAAGGGAGGAGUAUGAUGCGAAGGAGAGGGAGAGAGAGGAGGAGAGGAAGGUGAGGGAGGAAGAGGAGGCGAGGCGUGCUGCAGAGGCGGCAGAACGAGAGGUAGAGAUGAAAGCGAAGGAAGAGGCGAUUCAAAGUCUUGAAGCAGUAGUUAUUGAGCUUAGAGAGAAGGCUGGUGAGCUAGAGAAGCAGCGAGGAGAGAAAGAGGAGACGGUGAAGGGGUUAGAGGAGGAAGUGAGAGAGCUUGGGGACAUGGUUGCAGUGUUGCAGGCUGGAUUAGCUGCGAAACGAGCAGAGAUCGCAGCCAAGGCGGCUGAAACGGAGAGGAUGGGUCAGCUGGAAGAGCAAGUGAGGGACGGGGAAGAGCGAGUGAGGGAGAGAGAGGAGGAGGUGGGGAGGCUUGAGGUGAGAGUGAGGGAGGUGGAAGGGGAGAUGGAGGAGUUGUCUGUGCAGGUGAGUGCGUUGAGAGGGGAGGUUGAGGCGAAGGAGGGGGAGAGGGAGGAGGUUGAGAGGAAGGGGAGGAAGAGGGAAGGGAGGGUGAGGGAAUUGGAGGAGGAGGUUGGGAUGAGGGAGAAGAGAGAGAGGGAGAUGGAAGAGGUGUUGGGUGUGAGGGAGAGGAGGAUCGGGGAGCUUGAGGGGUUGGUGAUGGAGAGGGAGAGUGAGGUGGAGAGGAAGGAGAGGGAGAGGGAGGAGAUGGAGAGGGAAAUGGAAGGAUUGAAGGGAGAGAGGGAGGGAUGGGAGAGGGAGAAAGAGGGACUGGAGAGGCAGAUUGAUGGAUUGCGGAGGGAGAAGGAGGAGUUGAAUGGGGAACUGGAACGGUUGAAAGGAGCAUUGGAAGGUGCGAAGGGCGAGAAGGAGGAAUUGGAGAGGCAGAUUGAGGUGAUGCGGAAGGAGGAGGAGGAAGUGAAAGAGGAAUCAGAGCGAUUGAAGGUAGAACUGGAAGGUGUGAAGAGGGAGAGGGAGGAGUGGGAGAGGGAGAAGGCAGAGAGGGAGGGAAGGUUGCAAGCAAGCCUGGCAGAGGUGAGGGAGGAGAAGGAGAAGCGGCAGAUGCUAGAGGAGAGGGUGCACUUGCUUCAAGACAGAGUCGUGCAGGUGGAAAAGGAGAGGACGGAGACGGUAGGUCAGCUAGAGGAGAGGGCACGCGAGCUGGAGAAGAAGAAGGAAAUGGUGGGGCAGCUGGAGAGGACAGUGCGGGGACUGGAAGAGCGGGCGCAGUCGCUUCAAGACACUGUGGUGCGGGUGGAAGGGGAAAGGGACGGGACAGUAGUUGAGCUGCAGAAGACGGUUCGUGAACUGAUGGAGGAGAAAGAGAGGGUCUGCCAGUUGGAAAAGUCAGUUGCUGAGCUAGAGGAGAAGGUGCAGUGUGUGCUAGAGGAGAGGAAGGAGGUGGUGGGGCAGCUGGAGAAGGCGGUACGUGAAGUGGAGGUGGAGAAGAAAGAGAGAGUUUGUGAGCUGGAACAGACAGUUUCUGAGCUGGAGGAGAAGGUGCGGUCGUUGCAAGAGGAGAGGAAGGAGGUGGUGUACCAGCUGGGAAAUACGAAAUUUGAACUGGAGGCGAGGAAAGAGAGAGUGUGCGAGCUGGAGAUGAGUGCUUCUGAGCUGCACAAGAAGGUGCAUUCCCUGGAAGAGGAGAGGAAGGAGGUGAUGGGGCAGCUGGAGGAGAGGGCACGCGAGGUGCAAGCGAAGGAAGAGAUGGUAUCCCAGCUGGAAAAGACAGUUUGUGAGCUGGAGGGGAGGGUGCAGUCUGCGCAAGAGGAGAGGAAGGAGGUGGUGGGGCAGCUGGGAAAUUCAAAAUUUGAGCUGGAGGCGAGGAAAGAGAGAGUGUGUGAGCUGGAGACAAGAGUUUGUGAGCUGGAGGGGAGGGUGCAGUCUGCGCAAGAGGAGAGGAAGGAGGUGGUGUACCAGCUGGGAAAUACGAAAUUUGAACUGGAGGUGAGGAAAGAGAGAGUGUGUGAGCUGGAGACGAGAGUUUGUGAGCUGCACGAGAAGGUGCAGUCCCUGCAAGAAGAGGAGGAGGAGGUGGUGGGGCAGCUGGAGGAGAGGGUUUGCGAGUUGCAAGAGUCGAUAGGCAUGAUGGAGGAGGCGCGGUUGAGGGUGGAAGCAGAGUGGAAGGAGAAGGAGGGCGUCUUGCAGGCGAGAGUGGGUGAGUUGGAGAAGGAGGAGGUUGCUUUGCAGGCGAGGGUAGCAGAAUUGGAAGGAAAAGGGGCUGUUUUGCAGGCGAGAGUGGUGGAGUUGGAAGGGAAGGAGGUUGCUUCACAGACGGCGGUAGCAGAACUGAAGGAGAAGGCGGAGUCUUUGCAGGCGAGAGUGAUUGAGUUGGAGAAGCAGGUGGAAGAGAAAGAAGGGGCGGUGGUGGGGUUGAGGGGAGAGUCGACGGAGAAGGAAGAAUCUUUGAAGGAGUUGGAAGGGGUGGUGGUGGGUGUGAGGAGAGAGUUGAAGGAGAAGGAAGAGGCUUUGAAGGAGUUGGAAGGGGUGGUGGUGGGUCUGAAGGGAGAGUUGACGGCGAAGGAGGAGAUUCUGAAGGGAUUGCAGAAUGAAGUGAAGGAGAAAGAAAGAGAGGUGGCGAGUCUGAUAAGGGAGUUGAAAGAAAAGGAGGGGGAUUUGGAGGAGCUGAAGGGGAAGUUGGAGGAGUUGGAAGCGGUGAUGGUGGAUUUGAGGGGCGAAGCGAAGGGGAAGGAAGGCGAGGUGGCGAGGCUGGUGCGAGGAAUGGAGGAAAAGGACGUGGCUGUGAAGCGGUUGACGGAUGAUUUGGAGCGGUUGAAAGGAGAGGUGGAGCGGUUGGAAGGAGAGGUGGAGCGGUUGAAAAGGAUUUUGGAGGAGUCAAAUGGGGAGAGUGCAGGGAUGAUAGUGGAGCUGCGAACGGCACUGGGGGAGAGGGAGGGUGAGUUGAGGGCUGUUGAGGAGGAGAAGAAAGGCUUGCAGGCAGCAUUAGAACAAAAGGAGGAAGAGCUGAGGGCAAUGGAGGAUGAGAGGAAGGGUGUUCAGGCAGAUCUGGAAUUGAAGGAGGGGGAGUUGAGGGCAGUUGAGGAGGAGAGGAGUGUCUUGCAGACAGAAUUAGAACGAAAGGAGGGUGCGUUGAGGGCAAUGGAGGAUGAGAGGAAGGGUGUUCAGGCAGCAUUGGAAUUGAAGGAGGGCGAGUUGAGGGCUGUAGAGGAGGAGAGAAAAGGCUUGCAGGCAGCGUUGGAACAAAAGGAGGGUGAGCUGAGGGCAAUGGAGGAUGAGAGGAAGGGUGUUCAGGCAGAUCUGGAAUUGAAGGAGGGCGAGUUGAGGGCAAUGGAAAAGAGUCUGGAGGAGAAAGAGAAGAAAGCUCUGAUCUUGACUGGGGAAGUGAGCAGCAUGCAGCAGGAGAUCAAAGUGUUGAAGGGAGAUAUGGAGGUGUUGAGAGAGGAAGGUGCAGUGAUGCAAGAGAAGGCUGGUGAGGCGCUGAGAGAGGCGAGGGAGCAGGUUGCAGCGCUGGAAGCACAGGUGGAGGUGGGGAGAACGCAGGUGGAGGAGGGGAGGCAGCAGUUGGAGGAGAGUGUUGAGGAGGCUCGAAAGGCGAGGGGCCAGGUAGCAGUGCUACAGGCACAGGUAAAGGUGGGGAGGGGGCAGUUGGAAGAAAAGGGGCAGCAAUUGGAGGAGGCUCGAGCGGAGGUUCGAAAGGGGAGGGAGCAGGUGACAGCGCUGGAAGCACAGGUGGAGGAGGGGAAGCGGCAACUGGAGGAGGGAAGGCAGCAGCUGAAGGAGUCUCUUGAGGAGAUUCGAAGGGAGAGAGAAGAGAUGCAGGUUAUGCAGUCACGGUUGGAGGAGCAAGAGGUGUUAGUGCGGGAAAAAGAGGGUCUUGUGCGGGAGAAAGAGGCUAUGGUGUUGGUGCGGGAUGCCAAGAUUCUGGUGCUGGAGUCGGCGGUGGAAGGGAAGGGCAGGCAGGUGUAUGCCUUGCAGGGCGAGGUGGCAAAGAGGGUGAGGGACGUGAGUGGGCUACAGGCGAGUGUGCAGGAGAAAGAAGGACAAAUAUCCGCGCUACAAGCAGACGUGGAAGAGAGGGUGAGGGAAGUGAGUGGGCUCCAGGCGAGGGUGGAUGAGAAGGAGGGGCAGGUAUCCUCGUUAGAAGCUGAGUUGGAGGAGAGGGUGAGGCAGGUGAUUGGGCUGCAGGGUAGUGUGCAGGAGAAAGAAGGAGAAUUAUCCUCGUUACAAGCAGAGAUGGAAGAGAGGGUGAAGCAAAUGGAGGUGCUGCAGGCGAGUUUGCAGGAGAAGGAGAAGCAAAUAUCCUCGUUACAGGCUGACCUGGAAGAGGGGUUGAGGCAAGUGAGUGGGCUGCAGGCGAGUGUGCAGGAGAAAGAGGAGAAAGUAUCCUCGUUAGAAGCUGAGUUGGACGAGAAGGUGAGGCAAAUGGGGGCACUAGAGGCGAGUGUGCAUGAGAAGGAGGAACAGGUAUCCUCGUUACAAGCUGAGUUAUUGGAGAAGGUGAGGCAAGUGAGUGGGCUGCAGGCGAGUGUGCAGGAGAAGGAGGAGCAGGUAUCCUCGUUACAGUCGGAGUUGGAGGAGAAGGUGAGGGAAGUGAACGGGCUGCAGGCGAGGGCAGUUGAGAAGGAGGGGCAGGUAUCCGCGCUACAAGCAGAGGUGGAAGAGAGGGUGAGGGAAGUGAACGGGCUGCAGGCGAGUGUGCAGGAGAAGGAGGUGGAGAUAUCCUCGUUACAAGCUGAGUUGGAAGACGGGUUGAAGCGAUUGGGAGUGUUACAGGCGAGUGUGCAGGAGAAGGAGGAGCAGGUGUCCUCGUUACAAGCUCACCUAGAAGAGAGGGUUAAGCAAAUGGGGGUGUUGCAGGAAAGUUUGCAAGGGAAGGAGGAGCAGGUAUCCUCGUUACAGACUGAGUUGGAAGAGCGGGUGAGGGAAGUGAACGGGCUGCAGGCGAGGGCAGUUGAGAAGGAGGGGCAGGUAUCCGCGCUACAAGCAGAGGUGGAAGAGAGGGUGAGGGAAGUGAACGGGCUGCAGGCGAGUGUGCAGGAGAAGGAAGGUCAAAUAUCCUCGUUACAAGCUGAACUGGAAGAGGGGGUGAGGAAAAUGGGGGUGCUCCAGGCGAGUGCCGAUGAGAAGGAGGAGCAGGUAUCCUCGUUAGAAGCUGAGUUGGAAGGAAGGGUGAGGGAAAUGGGAGUGUUGCAGGCUAGUGUGGAUGAGAAGGAGGAGCAGGUAUCCUCGUUAGAAGCUGAGUUGGAAGGAAGGGUGAGGGAAAUGGGAGUGUUGCAGGCUAGUGUGGAUGAGAAGGAGGAGCAGGUAUCCUCGUUAGAAGCUGAGUUGGAAGGAAGGGUGAGGGAAAUGGGAGUGUUACAGGCUGGUGUGGAUGAGAAGGAGGAGCAGGUAUCCUCGUUAGAAGCAGGGUUAGGGGAGAAAGAGCAGCAGCUGAAAUUGCUGCAGGAGAAAGUAGAGGAGGGAGUGAAACAAGUUGCCGCAUUACAAGCAGGAGUAGAAGAGAGGGAGAAGCAGAUAUCCGCGUUACAAGCAGGAGUGGAAGAGAGGGAGAAGCAGAUAUCCGCGUUACAAGCAGGAGUGGAAGAGAGGGAGAAGCAGAUAUCCGCGUUACAAGCAGGAGUGGAAGAGAGGGAGAAGCAGAUAUCCGCGUUACAAGCAGGAGUGGAAGAGAGGGAGAAGCAGAUAUCUGCGUUACAAGCAGGAGUGGAAGAGAGGGAGAAGCAGAUAUCCGCGUUACAAGCAGGAGUGGGAGAGAGGGAGAAGCAGAUAUCCGCGUUACAAGCAGGAGUGGAAGAGAGGGAGAAGCAGAUAUCUGCGUUACAAGCAGGAGUGGAAGAGAGGGAGAAGCAGAUAUCCGCGUUACAAGCAGGAGUGGAAGAGAGGGAGAAGCAGAUAUCCGCGUUACAAGCAGGAGUGGAAGAGAGGGAGAAGCAGAUAUCCGCGUUACAAGCAGGAGUGGAAGAGAGGGAGAAGCAGAUAUCCGCGUUGCAAGCAGGAUUUGAGGAGAGGGAGAAGCAGGUGUCUGCGUUACAAGCUGGAGUGGAAGAGAAAGAGCAGAAGGUAUCCGCGUUACAAGCACGGAUGGAGGAGAAGGAGCAGCAGGUGUUGGCGCUGCAGGCGUGUGUGCAAGAGAAGGAGCAGCAGAUAGUGGCGCUGCAGAGAGAGAGGGCAGACUGGGAGGAGGCUAGGAUCACGAUUGCAGCGAGUGAAAAAGAGGCGGUGCAGAGGAGUGCGAGGGAGCUUGCUGCGAGGGUUGAGGAAGUUGAACGGCUGCAGAAAGAGAAAACGGAGGUGUUGAGAGCGGCUGAAGAGCUGGAGGUGAGGGUGAGGGAGAGAGACAUGGCUGUUGUGCGUGAGAAAGAGGCGGUGCAGAGGAGUGAGAGGGAGAUUGCUGUGAGGGUUGAGGAAGUUGAACGGCUGCAGAAGGAGAAAACGGAGGUGUUGAGAGCGGUUGAAGUUCUGGAGGUGAGGGUGAGGGAGAGGGAGGAGAUGGAGCAGCAGGUGUUGGCGCUGCAGGCGUGUGUGCAAGAGAAGGAGCAGCAGAUAGUGGCGCUGCAAAAGGAGAAGGACGAGGUGUUGAGAGCGGUUGAAGCGCUGGAGGUGCGGAUGAGGGAGAGGGAGGAGAAGGAGCAGCAGGUGUUUGCGCUGCAGGCGUGUGUGGAAGAGAAGGAGCAGCAGAUAGGGGUGCUGCAGAGAGAGAAGGCGGAGUGGGAGGAGAGAGCGGGAGUGGUGCAAUGUGAGUUGGAGGAGAAAGUGAGGGAGAUGGAGGGGCUAGUUGCUGAGGUGGAACGACUGGCUGGUGAGGUGGAAUGGCUCUAUGCUGAGCUGGAAAAGGAGCGCAAGCCGAAGCGUGCCUUGGAUGCUGAGCUGGCACGUGUGAUUAAAGCUAAGGAGAGUCUACAAAAGGAGGUGGCGGGUUUGAAAGAGAGAGUGAGGGAGAUUGAAAGGGCGAGUGAGAUUUCAAGGAAAGAGGGAGAGAAGGAGAGGAAGAGGUUAAGCAAGGAGUGUGAGAGUGAGCGUGUGAAGAACGUGAAAGCGAGUGAGGAGCUGAGUAAAAGCGUGCAGGAGCUUUCAGCCUUGAAGACAGAGAGGGAAGGGCUUGUGAGAGAGUGUAAGGAAACUAAGGAAGAAGCGAGGAAGCUGCGAGAGCAAGUGCAGGUGCUUACUGCUGAAGCGGAGGUGUUAUCUGAGAGGAUAGGGGAUGCAGAGAGGAGAGCAGAGGAGGAGAGGGGGAGGAGGGAGGAGGUGGAGAGGGAGAGGGAGAGUGUGAGAGAGGAGCUGGAAGAGGGUUUGAGGGGAGUGAGGGAGUUGAGGGGGAGAGUAGAGGAGAUGGAAGGGGAAGUGAGUAUGCUACAGAGGCAGAAGGAGGAGGCUGAGGAGAGGAGAGAGGAGGCUGAGAGGGGGAGGGCAAACACAGAGAGGGAUAUGGAGAUGCUAGUCAAGCGGUUGAGAGAGGAGGAGAGGAGUGUGAGGGAGGGGGAGGAGGAGGUGGAGAGAGUGAGAAAGAGAACGGAGGAGGUGGAGAGGGAGUGGGAGGAGAGUGAGGGGGAGAGGAUGAGGCUGAUGAGGGAGGUGGGUGGUCUGGAGGAGAGAGUGAGGGAGCAAGAGGAGGAGUUGGAAGGGGUGAGGAGGGAGAGGGAUGGGUGGAGAGGGGUGUUGUUCAGGCUGAGAGAGAGUCUAGAAAAGGAAGGAGCAGGGCAAGGGGUUAGUGUACAAGUGCUCGGGGAAGGGGCGGGAGGAGAGGAGGGGCAAGGCGAAGCAGGGAGGAGACAGAUGGAGGAGGAGAUUAGGGCGCUUGUCCAGUCUAAUGCUGACGCAGCAAGGGCUGAUGCUGACGCUGCUAGGGCUGAUGCUGACGCAGCGAGGGCUGAUGCUGACGCAGCGAGGGCGGAGGCCGAGGCUAUGAGGGCUGAUGCUGAUGCUGCAAGAGCUGAUGCUGACGUGGUCAACAGAAAGCUACAGGAGGCUGUAGCAGAAGCUGAAGCUGCACGCAAGGCGGCUGUAGCAGCUGAAGCUGCAAAGCUGGCGGCUCUAGGGGAGAGUGAAGCUGCACUGGUGGCGGCUGUAGCAGACAGUGAAGCUGCUCGGAAGCGGGUUGUAACGCUGGAGGAGGAGGAGAAGGAGAGAGAGGUGGAGAGGCAGAGGGAGGAGUUAAGAGUAAAAGAGGAGGAGCUAGAAAUGAAGGGGAAGGAGGUGGAGAGGCUGAUGGGGAUUGUGGAAGAAGUGAAGAUGCUUGUAACGAGGACGGAGGAGGAGGUGGAGAGGCAGAGAGAGGAGCUGAGAUUAAAAGAGGAGGAGCUAGAAAUGAAGGGGAAGGAGGUGGAAGAGAGGGGCAAGGAGGUUGAGAGACUGAUGGGGCUUGUGGAAGAAACGAAGAUGCUUAUCUCGAGGAAAGAGGAGGAGUUGGAAGCGAGGGGCAAAGAGGUUAAUGAAUUGACAGGGCUUGUGGAAGAAGCGAAGUUGCUUGUAGCGAGGACAGAGGAGGAGGGCAGGAUGGCACGAAUGGUGCUGGAGAAAGCAGUGGUUAGCUUGCGAGAUGAGGUGGAGAGAGUUGCAGGAGAGCGGUUGGAAGCGGUGGAGAGGGUUAGGGAGGAGGGUAGGGAGGAGAUUGAGAGGGUUAGGGGUGAGGGAAGGGAGGAGGCUGAGAAAAUCAGGGAGGAGAGUAUGGAGGAGGUUGAGAGGGUGAGGGAGCAGGCUUGGAAACAGGUGUCGGAGGCUUGGCAAAAGGCUCGGGAGGAGGUGGAGCUGGUUAGGCAGGAACUGGAGCAGGUUCGGGAGCAGCUGCGGGGGGAGGUGGUAUCCAGACAGAUUGAGGAGAUGUGGAGGGGGAGAGUGGAGGAAGGGGAGAGGGAGAGGGAAAGAGAGAGGGAGAGGAGGGAGGCGGAGUGGGUGGAGGAGAGGGGGAGGUUGGUUGAGGAAGUGGAGAGGGAGAGGGAGAGAGUGAGGGAGGAGGGGGAGAAGGAGAUUGAGAGAGUGAGGAAAGAGGUGGAGCAAGAGAGGGAGAGAGUGCUGACAGAUGUGGACAGGGAGAGGGAGGAAGUUGUUGGAGGGUUUGGAGGAGAGGGAGAGGAAGGUGAGAGAGGCAGAGGAGGCGUGGAGGGAGGGGAGGAUGGAGGAAGAGAAGAAGGCGGAAACAGUAGGGAAGGAGCGGGGACGAAGGGGGGGGAAGAGGAAGAGAAGGAGGGCGAGAAGAGAGAAGAUGAAGAGGUGGCGAGGCAAGGGGGUGACGAGGAGGGAAGAGGAGAGGUAGCAGUGAGAGGAGCGGCAGAGAAGGAGUGGAGGGAGCGGGAGAGGGAGUGGCAAGCGAGAGAGGAGGAGUGGGGGAGGAGGACUGUGGAGUGGAUAGGGGGAGUGAAGGCGCUGGGUGCUCAGUGGAAGGGACUGGUGCAGCGAGAGAGGAGAGCGAGAGUGAGAGAGCAGCGAGCUAGAGAGGAGGAGAGGAAGGCGAGAGAGGAGGAGAGCAGAGCUAGGGAGGAGGAGAGGAGGCAAGGAAGUGAAGUGUGUGUGAUAGGGAAGGAGCAAGUGAGGGAGCUGGGGUCGCAUUUCACCAGCAUGGAAUCCGUCUGUGGAAGGUUCCAGCGAGCUCUGGCGGCCAAGGUGCAGCAGCUGCAGGAGGAGCGGCAGCGGGUGGAGGGGAUGGUGGAGCAGGCAGCACGGGAGAGGGCUGCACGGGACGCUGCACUGAAGACGCUUAUAGCGGGGAUGGAGAAGCGCGAUUUUGCGGCCAGUGAGCCAUAUGCGUCCGUGGAUGCAGCAGCAGCGCAGGCCUUCGCAUGGCACGACUCCCAGCUGGAGGCCUUGACCCGCCGCGCUGCUCACAUGCUGCAUGGCAGCUCCGAAGCACCCACCGCAGCUGCUGCAGCGACGCCAGUAGCAGCAGCAGGAGCAGCGCCAGAACAAGCAGCAGCUGCUAGCCUUGUUCCUCCCCUCUCCUCCCCAACCUUCUCUCCUCAGUCCUCCUCUCUCUCCUCCUCCCUGUCCUCCUCCCUCUCUCACUCCCUCUCUGCCUGGUCCCUCGCCCACCCUCCCUCUGUCUCCGCAUCCUCGCAGUGCCUCUCUGCCUCCACCCCUUCACUAUACAUGGACACAGACCAUGGUCAGGGGCGGGUGCGAGCGAGUGGGACAGGGGCGGGUGCAGGGGCGGGUGAUGGGCCAGGUGCAGCAGCAGGUGCAGGGGCAGGAGCAGGGGCAGGAGCAGGGGCAGGAGCAGGGGCAGGAGCAGGGGCAGGAGCAGGGGCAGGUGGGGCAGGGGCAGGCUCUGUUGGGGCGGGCAGGGCAGGUAUGAGUCAAAGAGCAGCCCAAUCAGAGAGCAGUGGAAGCAGCCCUGAGCAGAGGCGGCCGAUGAGCCGAAUCAGCCCGGGCAAGCCCUGGAGCCCAAGCCUGGAGCAGAAAGGCGGCGGCAUUGUCACUACGAAUGACGCCACCCUCCCCACGGGCCUGUGGGAUUUCUUUGCAGGCACGUCUGCAGGCCCACCGCUGCCGCUGUCAACGGUGGCUGAUUGGGGUUUGGCGGGCAGGCGGCAGCACAAGUGGAUGGUGGAUGGCGUGUGGAUGGAGGUGUCUAGAAAGGAAUACGAGACAAUGCGUCAGACCUUGGCAGAGCAGCAGAGCCAGCUGGCAACACUGGAGCAGUUAAGGGCUGAUAAGGUCUGGAUGGAGGCCGCGUUGGCGCAGUUCAUAGAGCUCAAGCGGAAAUACGAGACGGAGAACGAAAGUCUGCUGUCAAAGAUCGCCAGUUAUGAGUAA